CAGACUAAGGGUAACAUGGUGGUGGUGCAGUGUAGUAUACAAAGUGAUAAAAGCAAAGAAAGACCAGAAGAGUUGGGAGAUCAAGUUCUUGAGAUGUUUAAUCAUGCAUACAAUUCUUAUAUGAAACAUGCCUAUCCUGCUGAUGAACUCAUGCCUCUCAGUUGCAAAGAGCGCUAUCGAGGUCGAGAAAAAUCACGAGGAGAUAUAGAUGAAUGCAUGGGCAAUUUCUCCCUAACCUUGAUAGACUCUCUGGAUUCACUGGCGAUACUUGGUCAGUUAGAGGAAUUUGAAAAUGCUGUUCAGCUGGUGAUCAAAAACACAAAGUUUGAUAAUGAUGUUGUUGUAUCUGUUUUUGAAACUAACAUUCGAGUUUUGGGUGGGCUGUUAGGAGGUCAUGUAGUUGCAAAUUUGUUAAAGAAAAAACGAAAAGGUAUGCUUUGGUAUAACAACGAAUUGCUUACAAUGGCACAUGAUGUAGGCAUACGUUUACUUCCUGCCUUCAAUACUACAACUGGGAUUCCUUAUCCAAAAGUAAAUUUGUUACAUGGUAUUGAUGCUGAUCUUAGAAGCAGGCAUAAAGAUACUUGUACUGCUUGUGCUGGAACUAUGAUUCUGGAAUUUGCAGCUCUUAGCCGAUUGACUGGUGACUUUGUAUUUGAGGAGAAAGCACGUAAAGCAAUGGAUUAUCUUUGGCAACAGCGCCAUCGGGUCAGUGAUUUAGUUGGCACUGUAAUAAAUAUUCACAAUGGAGACUGGGUUCGUAGAGAAAGUGGAGUUGGAGCAGGUAUUGACUCCUACUAUGAAUAUGUAUUGAAGGGUUAUAUUUUACUGGGUGAUAGCACAUAUUUAAAACGUUUCAAUAAGCAUUAUGAUGCUGUGAUGAAGUAUGUUAGCCAAGGACCUCUAUUAGUUGAUGUUCAUAUGCACAAACCACAGUCAACUUCUCGAAAUUUCAUGGAUUCCCUUUUGGCUUUUUGGCCUGGCCUUCAGGUAUUAAAAGGUGACCUCAAACCAGCUAUUGAGACACAUGAAAUGCUCUAUCAAGUAAUAAAACGCCAUAAUUUCCUGCCAGAGGCUUUCACUACAGAUUUCAGAAUUCAUUGGGGCCAACAUCCCCUCAGGCCUGAAUUUGUUGAAUCAACAUAUUUUUUGUAUAAGGCUACAAAUGACUUCCAUUAUUUAGAAGUUGGUAAAAAAGUGGUACAGAAUCUUAACAAACAUGCUAGAGUUGCAUGUGGCUUUGCCUCUAUUAAAGAUGUUUCAGUUGGCAGUCAUGAAGAUCAAAUGGAUUCAUUUGUUUUGGCUGAAACUUUCAAAUAUUUAUAUCUUUUGUUUGCUGAAGAUGAAGAUUUGAUUUUAGAUUUGAAUGAUUACAUCUUUACAACUGAAGCACAUCUACUUCCUUUGUCAUUAUCUGUUUUCAAUACAUCAAGACAUGAUUCUAAGAUUCGACUGGAAGCUUACCAUAAAAUGAAUAACUCUAGCCAAAGGAGAAAGAUAUCUAUUGAGCACAUUGAAAGAGAGACUUGCCCCAAUAUCAGACACAUUUACCAUGGUGAACCAAACUAUGCUCAUUCAGUAAGAGAACAGUUGAAGGAUAUGGUUGAAAAAGUCAGUCCCAAACCCAAAAAUGAUCGCCGAAGAUUUCGUGCAAUUGACUUCAUGGCAGGAAAUAAAGAACAAUUAGAAAUACUUGGUCGAAUGGGUAUUCGGUUAAUGACUAUGAGUGAUGGCAGGAUUCAACUCCUUCACACAGCCUCAGAGGCUGCUUCACCAAUGGAUGCUGAAGAUGGAAUGAAAUUCAUGCAGGAAAUGAUUGAAUUUUCCAAAAAUCAACAUAAUGAAGCUCAACAUGAGCCACUUCUUGUUCAGAUCUUAUCACCUAAUGUUGACGAUGUGUCAGUUUUGAGUGCUGGACCUGCUCAAUUUGGUUACAAUCUCAAGAAUUCCUCACCAAUCCAAGGUCAGUUAAUGCUUGCUGAACCUUACAAAGCUUGUACACCUCUCACUAAUACAAGAAAUAUCAAAGGAAACAUUGCUAUCUUGGAAAGAGGAGAAUGCAUGUUUAUCGAAAAGGCAACUAAUGUGGAAAUGGCUGGCGCAGUAGGUGGAAUCGUUAUUGACCAUAAUGAAGGUACAAGUAGUGAAUCUUCUCCACUAUUUGCAAUGUCUGGUGAUGGUCAACGAGAUGUCAGUAUCCCUUUUGUAUUUCUAUUCCACAAAGAAGGACAAAAAUUAUUGAAAGCACUGAGUGAAAAUUAUAGUCUGGAAGUACUGUUGGCUCUUGACUCAAGAUCUUCAGCUCCCCAGAGCAAGCUACCUACUGAAGAUUACCAAAAAGAAACAUCAACUUUAGGUUCUAAUAAACAAAAAAAGACAUUUCAGUUCAUGAAACCUGUUCAAACACCAGCAACUUCUGCUAGUUUCUUGUAUCAACCAACCAUGAACAGAGUGACUUACAACAAAAAAAAAGUGUCGAUUAGAGAUGGGUCUGGAGGCUAUUUUAUUAAGGUUGGUUCUGAUAAUGUUAACAUGGAGAUUAGCAUAAAAAUUUUCAAUGAUGUUUCAUCAUCACCUUAUGAUAUGACUUUUGAGCCAAUUCAACUUAAUUUGCUUCCAGAUGGUACAAAACAGCUAGUAUUUUAUUUUCAGCAUCUCUCUAAAAUUAAUCCAGCAAAAAAUGAACCAAAAUUGAAUCAGAUUUAUGUUGAUUUAGUUACAUUUUUGAGAGACCAUACAAAUUUCCCUCAACUUGAACAGCAGGGUCCAUAUUUGAGGGCUCUUGCAAAGAUUUUAGAGGCUGCUUAUUUUGAUUCAGGAAAUUUAAGUGAUGAGGAUAAAAACUUACUUGAUCAAUUAGCUUUUGAACUUAUUAUUGUCAAAGAAGUACAGCUACAAAGUGAUGCAAUUGAUAAUGAUAAAAAUUGGAAAGAAGAGAAAGAAUUACAUUCUACAUUUAGAGAAAAUCCUCAGGAAGGUGAUAAAUUAUUUGAUAAUGAUAAUUGUAAAAAGAAACCAAAUGAAGUUAGUUCUGAUGACCUUUGGUUAGUGACACUAAAGGAAGGCACGCACCCUAGUGUUGAUAAAUCUGUAAAGAGUGAUCUACAAAAUGGGGAUGAUAGUAAAGAAGUACAAAACAAAGAAUUUGAUAAGAAUUUGCUUUCUGAAGAAUUUGAGUAUAAAUCCAAAGAAAAUUACAACAUUCUUGAAAAACAGUCUCAAGUCCAAACAAACAAUGACCCUGAAAAUAUUUUAAUAGCAAACAAAUACUUACAAAAACAUUCUUACACAGAAGACAUUAAAGAUUAUGUGAGAUUAACUACAGUUGAAGAUGAAGUAAUUAGUAACAAAAAGAAUACCAAAACAGAGUUAUGAUACUACUAAAAGAGGGUAUUUGUUUUUUAAAAUUAAAUGCACAUUUUCUUAUUGCAGAUUCAUGUAAGUAUAAAUUCUUUUUGUAGUCUAAAAUUAAUUUCAGUAAUUGCACCCUUACAUUUAAAUAUACUAAAAUGCUAUGUGGUAGAAUUUUUUUUUUUUUUAAUUGUCAUUUUAAUUAUUUUACGGUAUUUAUUUUAAAUGAAAUAAUGAUUAAUAGUUGUUUAGUCAAAAGCCAAUUAAUUUAAAAUUACUAGAAUAUUGGAAUAAAGUUUAAAAAAUUUUUUUUAUUCAUGUGUAAAUCGUGUUUGAAGAUUUAUAAUUUCUCUAAAAUAUUGAAACUUUUGUUAAAUUAUGACUCCAGAUUAUCGUUUUACAUCAAGCACUAAUUGUUAUGAUCAAAUUAUCUAUGUAGUUUUCAGUAUAGUCUUAACAUGUAUAUAUUGAAUCUAUGAAUGAUUUUUUUUUUCAUGGCUAGAGGGGUUCUUUCUUAAUUUGUUUUUAGUUAAUUAAAUGCGUGUAAGCUUUUUCUUAUUUUGAUAGUCUUAUGUAUGAAAAGAAAUGUUAGGGAAAUAAUCUGUUUCUAAAUUCUAAUUCAAAAGUUACUUGCAAAAUCAUUAAUAUUACUUAAGUUCUUUAACCAAAAUUUGUAUCUGUUUAAUUUUAAUGUUUACGGGUAUACUUUCCAGGUUAGUUCUCUAAGUAGUACUGUAUUAAAAAGUAUGCAAGAGAUAACUUUAUUCAAUAUUCUUUUAAGUAUAACCAAUUUUCAGUUGUAACUCUAAUUAUGUAUCUGUUUAACAUAUUCAUACAAAUGUAAUAUGAUUUCUUCCUCACAAAAAGUGAAAUUAUAUAAGAAUAAUUUUUGAAGAGAAUUUAAUGUAAAAUAUCAUUAUCGGAUUUUAAGAAUGCUCAAAUAAAAAAGAUGCUACAGUU